AUGGCAGAACCAAAAAAGACCCCCCAAGGAGCAACCUCCAGCGACUGGACUCAGGGCCUCUGGAACCCAAUUCGCUCAUAUCUUACCGCAGAGCCUAAGUCCGCGGAUUUAAAAGCAACCGAUCGUUACCGUCCUGGGCCGAUGGAGAGUGAGCAGAUUGAUCAUUUGGAUAAGGAGAAGAUUGCGGAAUAUCUCCAGGAGAAACAUCGCAGCAGUGCUCGCUAG